AUGGUAUGCGAGGGAAAACGAUCAGCCUCUUGCCCUUGUUUCUUCCUCCUGACCGCCAAGUUCUACUGGAUCCUCACAAUGAUGCAAAGAACUCACAGCCAGGAGUAUGCCCAUUCCAUACGAGUGGAUGGGGACAUCAUUUUGGGGGGUCUCUUCCCUGUCCAUGCAAAGGGAGAGAGAGGGGUACCUUGUGGGGAGCUGAAGAAGGAAAAGGGGAUCCACAGACUGGAGGCCAUGCUUUAUGCAAUCGACCAGAUUAAUAAGGACCCUGACCUCCUCUCCAAUAUCACUCUGGGUGUCCGGAUCCUUGACACAUGCUCCAGGGACACGUAUGCUUUGGAGCAGUCGUUAACGUUCGUGCAGGCAUUGAUAGAGAAAGACGCUUCCGACGUGAAGUGUGCUAAUGGAGAUCCACCCAUUUUCACCAAGCCUGACAAGAUUUCUGGUGUCAUAGGUGCUGCAGCAAGCUCCGUGUCCAUCAUGGUUGCUAACAUUUUAAGACUUUUUAAGAUACCUCAAAUCAGCUAUGCAUCCACAGCCCCAGAACUAAGUGAUAACACCAGGUAUGACUUCUUCUCUCGGGUAGUCCCACCUGACUCCUACCAAGCUCAAGCCAUGGUGGACAUUGUCACGGCACUGGGGUGGAAUUAUGUGUCAACACUGGCUUCCGAGGGCAACUAUGGAGAGAGUGGUGUGGAGGCCUUCACUCAGAUCUCAAGGGAGAUUGGUGGUGUUUGCAUUGCUCAAUCACAGAAAAUCCCACGUGAACCAAGACCUGGAGAAUUUGAAAAAAUUAUCAAACGCCUGCUAGAAACACCUAAUGCUCGGGCAGUGAUUAUGUUUGCCAAUGAAGAUGACAUCAGGAGGAUAUUGGAAGCAGCAAAGAAAUUAAACCAAAGUGGUCAUUUUCUCUGGAUUGGCUCAGAUAGUUGGGGAUCCAAAAUAGCACCUGUUUAUCAACAAGAGGACAUUGCAGAAGGGGCUGUGACGAUUUUGCCCAAAAGAGCAUCAAUUGAUGGGUUUGAUCGCUAUUUUAGAAGCCGAACUCUUGCCAAUAAUCGAAGAAAUGUGUGGUUUGCAGAAUUUUGGGAGGAGAAUUUUGGAUGCAAGUUAGGAUCACACGGAAAGAGGAACAGUCAUAUAAAGAAAUGCACAGGGCUGGAGAGAAUUGCCAGGGAUUCAUCUUAUGAACAGGAAGGAAAGGUCCAAUUUGUAAUUGAUGCCGUGUAUUCCAUGGCUUAUGCCCUGCACAAUAUGCACAAAGAUCUGUGCCCUGGAUACAUCGGCCUCUGCCCACGAAUGAGUGCUGUUGAUGGGAAAGAGCUACUUGGUUAUAUUCGGGCUGUAAAUUUUAAUGGUAGUGCUGGGACACCUGUCACUUUUAAUGAAAACGGAGAUGCCCCUGGACGUUAUGAUAUCUUUCAGUAUCAAAUAACCAACAAAAGCGCAGAAUACAAAAUCAUUGGGCACUGGACCAACCAGCUUCACCUAAAAGUGGAUGACAUGCAGUGGGCUAAUCGAGAACACACUCACCCGGCGUCUGUCUGCAGCCUGCCCUGUAAGCCUGGGGAGAGGAAGAAAACGGUGAAAGGAGUCCCUUGCUGCUGGCACUGCGAGCGUUGUGAGGGUUACAACUACCAAGUAGAUGAGCUCUCCUGCGAACUUUGCCCUCUGGAUCAGAGACCAGACAUGAACCGCACAGGUUGCCAGCUCAUCCCCAUAAUCAAACUAGAGUGGCAUUCGCCCUGGGCUGUGGUGCCUGUGUUCAUUGCAAUAUUGGGAAUCAUCGCCACCACCUUCGUGAUCGUGACCUUUGUCCGCUAUAAUGACACACCUAUUGUAAGGGCUUCGGGACGAGAACUUAGUUACGUGCUCCUCACAGGGAUUUUCCUCUGCUACUCAAUCACCUUUUUAAUGAUUGCCACGCCAGACACAAUCAUAUGUUCCUUCCGCCGAAUCUUUCUAGGACUUGGCAUGUGUUUCAGCUAUGCGGCCCUUCUUACCAAAACAAACAGAAUCCACCGAAUAUUUGAGCAGGGGAAGAAAUCGGUCACAGCACCCAAGUUUAUUAGUCCAGCGUCCCAGCUGGUGAUCACUUUCAGCCUCAUCUCCGUCCAGCUCCUGGGAGUGUGCGUCUGGUUUGUUGUGGACCCCCCCCAUAUCAUCAUUGACUAUGGAGAGCAGCGGACUCUAGACCCAGAGAAUGCCAGGGGAGUGCUCAAGUGUGACAUUUCUGAUCUCUCGCUCAUUUGUUCGCUGGGGUACAGUAUCCUCUUGAUGGUCACUUGUACUGUUUAUGCCAUUAAAACGAGAGGUGUCCCAGAGACUUUCAACGAAGCCAAACCUAUUGGAUUUACCAUGUACACCACCUGCAUCAUUUGGUUAGCUUUCAUUCCCAUCUUUUUUGGUACAGCGCAGUCAGCAGAAAAGAUGUACAUCCAGACAACGACACUUACUGUCUCCAUGAGUUUAAGUGCUUCGGUGUCUCUGGGCAUGCUGUACAUGCCCAAGGUUUAUAUUAUAAUUUUUCAUCCAGAGCAGAAUGUUCAAAAACGCAAGAGGAGCUUCAAGGCCGUGGUGACAGCUGCCACCAUGCAAAGCAAACUGAUCCAAAAAGGAAAUGACAGACCAAAUGGAGAGGUGAAAAACGAACUCUGUGAGAGUCUUGAAACCAACACUUCCUCUACUAAGACAACAUAUAUCAGCUACAGCAAUCAUUCAAUCUGA